GCCAAAGUUCAGUUCGUUUUGAAAUUUUGUUGCAUUAUUCUGUGUGCUAUAUUGCUGUUUGAUUUUGCUCUGAUGAUGUGAACUAACACUGAUAAUUAGCAAAACUCGCUCUUCAACUCUCCGCCCAGCCAUGCCCACCACCUGUGUUUUCCAGCUGGAUCGCCUCAAUCCCAUUUACAACAGCGGCGAGUACAUCAGUGGCCGAAUAUUGCUGCGCACGGACAAGGUGAAGCGUGUGAAUGCUGUCUACGUAACGCUCGAGGGUGAGGCCAAGGUGCAAUGGUCGAUGAGUGGCAAAAGCGAGACAUCGAACUAUUCGGGACACCAGCAAUAUCUACACACGCGAACCAAUGUCUUUGACAACUCACUUUUCCGUGCGGGCGUCCACAUUUAUGUGCUGACGUUGCGCAUUCCCCCCGACUGUCCCAGCACCUGUAAGGGACCGUAUGGUUAUAUUGCCUACAACAUCUCGCUGACCAUCGACAAGCCCUGGGGCUUUGAUGAGGUCUUUCGAAAGCCCAUCAAUGUCGUUCAAACACUGGAUCUCAAUUACAACUCGGAGUUUGCGCUGCCUGUUAAGGAUGAAAACAUCAAGUACCUCUGCCAUUGGCCAUGUAUCUCAGGUCCAAUAAGUUCCAGCUUGGCUUUGCCAGCUUCUGGAUUUACUCCACUCCAGGAUGUUCCAUUCUGUGUGGAGAUCGACAACCAGUCACCACACUAUGAUAUCAUUGGCCUAGAGGUAUCCAUAAAACAGCACUUUGUGUUCCUCUCACGCAAGCCGGUGAAAAGGAAUUUCUAUACGAAGACACUCUGCAAGGAACUCUUAACAGAUCGAACCUUGAGGUUGUCGAAGCGCAUCUAUGAGUCGAGCAUUUGUGUGCCCAUGGAUACGCCGCGCUCCACUCUCAAUCCGAAUUACAUUGUGUUUCUGCAUUACACGCUGCAGGUUAAACUGAAAACGGGCUACUUUCACUAUGACACGGAUCUGUCUGUUCCAAUUGUCAUAGGCACGACGCCUCUGCAGCAACUACAGGCUGUUAUCCGAACACAUCAGCCGGCAAGACGGACUCCUACGCCGGAACGACAGCGCCUCAUUGAGAGAGUGCAGCCCCGACCAGCGACAGUGGCCGAGGAGCCGGCACAGGAGGCGGAAACGGCAGUAGAUGAAACACAUCAAGUGCUGGAGGAUGAUGAGCCUCCCUCGUAUGACAGUUGUUUGCCGCCUUCGUUUAGCUUCGCCACCUUGGGUGGCAGCCAGCAGACACUGGCGAGUCAACCCUCUGGACAGCAGCGCAUCCAUUUGCCAAAGUUUCCGGGAUUUAGCACAUUUAUUGGCACUGCGCCUGCUCAUGGCUUGGGUGUGGAGGAUUCCGGCAUCGAUAUACAUCACUAUCGCUCCUAUGGAUCACUGGACACCGAUCACACUGGUCGGAGUCUGGAUACAUUUGGCUCACUCUGCGGUCCUUUGUCCGAGCAAGGCGAAGUUGAGGAGGAGGCUGAGGCAGGGGAACAACUAAGGGUGCUCGAUGUUAUGGCUCAGGUGCAUGAAUUGGCUCCUCUUCAGCCUCAGGAUGAGCAUCAAUUCUAAACGAAAGUGUCUUAUACGAAAAGUUAGUGGUAUUAUACGUAAGCGUCUAAAUUUGUAAGUGUUCAGAGCUAAGAAUUCAAACUAUUUUUAGAGAACAUCAUAGCCCGUCUUAUUAUAGAUCAUAUUUAUACUUUACUGCCAUCCAAAAUUAAUUAAUUAAUCAAAGCGAACUUAUUAUGUGCCAAACAAACAUUUUUUAGCAUAUUAUUCCAUGGCUUUUUACAUGAAAAAUACUAACAAAAAUUAUUCUAUAUAUUAUAAAUCAACUUAAACCCAAUACGAAUAAGAUCUAUAUAUAUUUAAGCUCGACUAUGCGUUCAUAAUUGGACAAUAAAUAUGUAUACACUCCAGAUAACAACAACAUUUUUCUAAAU